ACACACACACACACACACAGUCCCAUAAAAGCCCGAAGUCCUCCAAAGUCUCACAGUAAGGUGUUGCUGCCUGCCAGGGUUACUGUAUUUACGCUAAUUAUAGUUAGAUGCUGUAUUCCUGCAGCUGCCGCUUGAAAGACAUCACCGGAGAUACAGAAGUACAUGAAAGAUGUGUGCCCUAAGGUCGCUCAAGGUCACUCUGCUGCUUCACUUGUUUUGCUCAGCUACCUCAUCUCCUCUUUCCCUGCCGCCCUCCCAAAUCUCUCCUCCCUUUCCCACAAUGCUGCCCUCCUGGCCGUCCCCCUCGCUCAGCAUCCCUCCAGUCGGCGGAGACCAGGAGGAUUUGGUGGAAAGAGCCCGCUGCCCUCUCACCCUGUCCCCUUCCAGCCUGGUGGUCAGGUUUGGAGAUCCAUUCCAAGUCAACUGCUCUGUGCCGAUGAAGGGCUUUUCUCUGCUAGGAUGGGAGGUCACACUGGUGGCUCCAGAACCCACCAUGAAUAGCUUUCUGGUGUGGAGAGUGGAGCACAUGACAGAGUGGGCUAUUUCCCCCAGUUGCUAUGCGGUGUCAGACAUGGAAGGACCCUGUCAUCUUCAUCUCCCGGUCCUUGUUUACAAGGCUCCAGACAGCGUGUCCCUCAGCUUCGUGAAUCACACGGGCUCAUUGUUGGAGCAUCACCAGUAUACUCUGUGGUGCACCGUCCACAACGUCGCCCCCGCUGGGAACCUCCUGGUGACCUUCUACAGAGGCCAAACCCAACUGGUUCAACGACAUUCAAAUGUGACGGAGAAGACACCGGUGACUGAGGUCUUCACGCUCGACAUUGUGCCCAGAAGAGAGGACGAUGGCAACGACUACUGGUGUGAGGCUGAGCUGCAACUGCACCCAACGGGGACACAGCAGCGUGUGGCGGUUGCAUCGGAAAAAGUGACUACUACUGUCCUCUUUGGCCCGCAACUGCUUUGUCCUGCAAAGCUUCAAGUCAAGAUGGGCGAAAGCCUGCGCUGCGAGGUCCGAGGAAACCCCGAACCAUCGGUCAUCUGGCUCAAAGACGGCCGCCUGGUGACCCCACCCGCCCACUCGACGAGAGCACAUGCGGGAAAAUACACCGUGUUGGCCACGGGACUCUUUGGAGAGAGGAAUGUGACAGUGGAGGUGGAGGUGGUCACUUGCAGAGGCACCACAAGCACGCCUAGAAGGCACUUCCUGCUGACAGCUCUGCUUGGACUGACCUUGAACUUGCUGUAAACCUUAACAAUAACCCAAUGGGGUUUGUGAUUCAAGUCUCACUGCUGUUAAGACAUUUCUUCUACUGAGAGGAACAUUUGUCAGGGAGUUUUGUUUUCUCGUUUGGUCUCGUGUUCACAUUGGGGUCUUUUAUUGUCAUUAUAGCUCAUACGAUUUUUUUUUCUCCUAACUCUCGCUCCAGAGAACUUCUGUUCAGGUACUUCUACUACCCCAAAAUUUCACUAGUCAAGUACUAAAAGUUAAUUCAUGUGUAAAAAAAAUAUGUCAAACUGUCAAUCAAUGUUUUGCUUCAUGCUUUAAACUUACUCUUAUGCAUCCACAAGAAUGCUUCGUAGCUGCGAGUGUUAUGAGACACUUUAGAUUUGACGAAAGACCAGUUACCAUUUCUGAAAAGUUAGUUUUAUAUAAUUAGAAAGAAAAAAAAAUCUACAUGUACAUAUGCGGAUUCAACAUAUUUUUUAUUCAAUGUUU